AUGAAUAGUCGUCUGGUCAAAGAGAGAGGUAUUAAAUCUUUGAAAUUCAUUAACCCAAUAAACUUUCAAGAAAAAAGUCGUAAUGCUUUGUUUGGUAAAGAAGAAGAAGAAGUAAAUAUCAAUCAAUCAAUCGUGGCUUCUACAUCAUUUGCAAGCUCUACACUUUCUAGUACAUUUCAAUUACAACCAACACCUGCAGGACUGAUACCAUCGGCAUUGUCUCUGUUGGUACCAUCAGCAUUUGCAAAGCCACUAUCAUCGUUUCUUGCAACCACCAAGACCAAGUCUGUUUCUAGUGUACUAUUAGUAAGCUUGGGUGCUGGAUUUGGUAUUGGACUAUUACUAUUUGUAGCAAAGAAACAUCAAAGACGUCUACAACAAGAAGAAAUCAACAACAGCAACAACCCACUAUUGAAAAUUAAACCAGUCAUCGUACCUGCAAUGAACGGAGGAACUAGUGGAUCAUCAUCUUCAUCGUCGACAACUACUACCACCUAUAACGAUGGUGGUAUUUACAAUUAUCUUGUUAAAUUCUUUUAUAAAAAUGCAAUACAUCAAGAUCCAGUAGAAGAAACUAGAAAAUUCUAUCAUGACUUUUUUGGAAAAUAUGGAAACAAUCAUCCAAACUUUAGAGAUUCUUCAUACAAUGAAGCUGUACAAUUUGCAAAGAGCCGUUUUAAAAUAUUAUUAAUCUAUGUACAUUCUGAAAAACAUCCUGAUGCUCAAUCAUUUUGUCAGGAAGUAUUAUUUACAGAUUCAUUUACAAGUUAUAUUAAUGAAAAUUUUGUUAUUUGGGCAUGUGAUGUAAAUCAAUGCAAUGGAUUAAAGAUUGCCAAUUCAUUAGAGGCAACGACCUAUCCCUACAUUGCAAUGUUGUGUUGCAACAAUGUGGAAGGUAUUUCAAAUGGAUCGAGUGUGAUGAGAUUAGAGGCACUCCAAGGAGCAACCAUCACUGCCGACAAUAUUGUAUCACUAUUGACAAAUGCAGCAUCUGCCUAUGAACCAUCAUUGGUAACAUGCAGAAUCGAUCAUGAAGAACGUGAAGCCGACAGAUUGAUUAGAAUGACACAAGACGAGGAAUACAACGAAUCAUUGGCACGUGACCAAGAAAAAGCAAGAUUGGCUCAAGAAGCUGAAAUGAGGAGACAAGAGGAAGAAGAGAGAGAAGCAAAGGAGCAAGAAGAGAGACUCGAGGCAGAGGCAGCCCUACAGAAUAAAAAGGACUUGCUCAGAGAAAGAUUCCUUGUCGAACCAAAGACUGGCGCCAUCACACGUCUGGCAAUUAGAUUGGUCGAUGGUUCUAGGGUACAAAGAAACUUUUUAGAAACUGAUACCAUUCAAACUGUUUUGGAUUUUGUUGAUUCUAGAAUUGAAGAACCAAUUGAAACUUAUGUUUUAAAUACAAAUUAUCCAAAAGAGUUAAUUUUAAUAAGAACACAUCAAAAAGCAAAGAAAACAGUGGUGGAAUGUUCACCCCUAUUUUUUGCGAUUGCUAGUGCACUGUCUGUUAGACCAUAA